AUGAUGAAGGAGACAGACACUCCGGUAAGCAACCAACAGUCUCAAAGAUGGAUAAACGAUCGUCUUUUGAUGGAACUUGUUCCUCUUCUAAAUGCAGAAGAAAUUAGAGGCUUGUUUGCUCCACCACCUUGGGGUGAUGAUGUACCGCUGUCACCUUUUUGCAUGACUAAUGUACGAGAGUGGGACGCAUUUAGGAAUAUAGACAUGGACAAACAGGCUAAUAUCAUUGGUUCCUCAAUAAGCCCCUGUGCAAAGAAUAAGGGUCCUGUUGAUGCUGAUAAAAUGGCUGUGUUAAAUGCAUGGCGAAGGAUUGAUUCUCGAACAAGACAGGCACUUCGUCGUAGUGUUGUUUCGGAGCUUAUUGAGUGCUAUGAGGAGCGCAUAAGGGCUUUUGUGAGAGAGACUGAAGAUGGAGAUGGUCUCAUCCUGCAGGUUCAAGAUCCCUUCCGUCGAUUGUUGCUCCCUGGUGUUUGUGAGUUCUACAACUUGGUGUCGGUGACGGUUACUGAAUCAGAGAAUGGGGAGGCAAUUAAGGUGACAAAGAUAACAAAGAAAAAGGGGCGUUCAAUUGAACUUCCAAAUAUCACUCUAUCCCAUUUCUUGAAGAUGUCCAAGCAAGGAAUGUGGUGAUUCCAUUUCCAUUUGGUUAACUUAAAAUGUAUAAUAAAAGCUGGGCGUGCUGUGGUGUCAGUAACCUUGUGUGUUAGCAG